UUACAAGUUAUAGCAUUCAAGCUAAAACCCCCAACCAAAACCCUCCCCGCCCUUCACUCUCUCUCUCUCUCUCUCUCUCUCUCUCUUCCCCGUGGCUUCAUCUCCACUUUAAUGGCUCUUACUCCUCUCUCCCUCCCAAGCUUCUCUCCUUCACCGCAGUUCCCGUCCUUCUCUUACUCCAUAAAAGCGCCAUUUCUGCAAUUCAAGUCCCUUCCGUCUCUUAGACUUCUUCGUCAGAAACCUCGGAUUCCAACUGCCAUUGGACCCGACGGUAAAUUCUAUCCGACGCCUGCCGACGACGACCCACCUGAAGCUCCAGAAGAUUCCGGACAUGGUGUAUCCAAAUUUCAGCAAAUUCACCGCCAGGCCGCCCGAGCACGCAAGCUACAAGAGGAGCAGUUCAAGAAAGACCAGUCGAUCUUCGUGUCUGCACUCGCCGAAGAAGAAGAUGCUCCCGAUGACCCUGAAUCCACAAAUAGUGAAAAUUCAGGUGACGACCUGUUCGGGGAGAUUGACCGGGCUAUUGCACUCAAGCGUAAGGAAUUUGUUAAGCAAGGUCUCUUAAAACCAAACCCGAAGAAAGGAAAGGGCCAAAAGGCAGUAGAUGUGAAUGGAGAAGGGAUCGAUGAAUUGGAGCCCGAGGAAGUCAUGGAUUUGGAUGAAAUUCAAAAGCUUCAGGGGAUUACUGUGAUCUCUGAGGAUUCUGACGAAGAAAACCCAGUGAAAUUUGCCGAGGAUGUUAGUAACUCCAGCUCUCGUACGUCGAGUUCGUCGUUUGAUCUCGAUUUCGAUAGUUACGGGAAGUCAAAGCCUCGAAUUGUGGAACCCAAAUUUAGAAUGACUUUAGCUGAGUUAUUGGACGAGAGUAAGGUAGUACCUGUAUCUGUUUAUGGCAACUUGGAGGUUGAAAUUACCGGAAUCCAACAUGAUUCCAGGGAAGUUAGCGCGGGUGAUUUGUUUGUGUGCUGUGUUGGGAUGAAAACUGAUGGGCAUUUGUAUUUGAGCGAGGCUGACAAGAGAGGUGCUGUUGCUGUGGUUGCUAGCAAAGAGAUAGAUAUAGACGAGACCUUAGGAUGCAAGGCGCUGGUCAUUGUAGAGGACACGAAUUCAGUUCUUCCUGCACUGGCUGCAUCCUUUUAUCGAAACCCAUCAAAGAGCAUGUCUGUGAUUGGUAUCACAGGCACAAAUGGGAAAACAACCACGGCAUAUUUGAUAAAAGGCAUGUAUGAAGCAAUGGCAUUGAGGACUGGGAUGUUGAGCACUGUAGCUUACUAUGUGCACGGGGAUAACAAGUUGGAGUCACCGAACACAACUCCUGAUGCUGUUUUGGUUCAGAAGCUCAUGGCCAAGAUGUUUCAUAAUGGUACGGAGGCAGUUGUAAUGGAGGCUUCUUCUCAUGGGCUUGCACUAGGUAGGUGUGAUGAGGUUGAUUUUGAUAUUGCAGUCUUCACAAACUUGACAAGGGACCACAUGGAUUUUCAUGGUUCUGAGGAGGAAUACAGGGAUGCGAAGGCCAAGCUGUUUGCAAGGAUGGUGGACCCAGAACGACAUAGAAAAAUUGUAAAUAUUGAUGACCCACACGCACCGUUCUUUAUUGCUCAAGGGAACCCAGAUGUUCCGGUGGUAACAUUUGCAAUGGAGAAUAAGAGUGCAGAUGUUCACCCGUUAAAGUUUGAACUUUCCCUGUUCGAGACCCAGGUUUUGGUUAAUACCCCACAAGGAAUAUUGGAGAUAUCAUCAGGGUUGCUUGGGAGACAUAAUAUCUACAAUAUCCUUGCAGCUGUGGCAGUUGGGAUUGCAGUUGGGGCGCCUUUAGAGGACAUAGUUAGAGGAAUUGAAGAGGUUGAUGCAGUUCCAGGUAGGUGUGAGUUAAUAGAUGAGGAGCAAGCAUUCGGAGUAAUUGUGGACUAUGCUCAUACUCCUGAUGCCUUAUCUAGACUACUAGAUUCUGUAAGGGAGCUUGGCCCACGGAGAAUCAUCACUGUCUUUGGGUGUGUUGGUGAGGGUGAUAGAGGGAAGAGACCUAUGAUGACGAAGAUUGCAACAGACAAAAGUGAUGUGGUUAUCCUGACUUCUGACAAUCCUAAGAAUGAAGAUCCAUUGAACAUCUUGGAUGACAUGCUCGCUGGUAUAGGAUGGACCAUGCAGGAUUACUUGAAACAUGGAGAAAAUGACUAUUAUCCACCUCUUCCAAAUGGUCAUAGACUUUUCCUACAUGACAUCAGAAGGGUAGCUGUACGAGCUGCUGUGGCCAUGGGGGAAGAAGGUGAUAUGGUUGUGAUUGCUGGGAAAGGUCAUGAAACAUAUCAGAUAGAAGGUGACAAGAAGGAAUUCUUUGAUGACCGGGAGGAGUGCCGGGAAGCAUUGCAAUAUGUUGAUGAGCUUCACCAAGCUGGAAUAGACACCAGUGAGUUCCCAUGGAGGUUACCAGAGAGCCAUUGAUAUCAUACAGAAGAAUCAGAAAUUCUGAGUCUAAAGCCAUGUUCAGUCCAUUCUGGGGGUAUGUUGCACUUCUGUGAGAUGAGUAGCACAUCCUGAUACUCCUACAUAGAGCCAAUAUCGUCAGGACUGUGUCAACCUCUUUUGCUUGGGUGAAGUCAGUAAAGAAUUACAUUUCAUGAUAAUGGAGAGAGCUUCAGUUCACAUGGAAAAUAUGGCAAGUGUUAUGAUAUUAUUACGUGGAUUACCUUUCAUUCUAACAGAAGAUAAAACUCACAAUAACCACAUCUUCUUCCUUUGGGAACCAGGAGUUCUGACUCUGGUUUGUCACUCACUAACUUUACUAAGUUGACUUAGCAACUUAGAUCAAAUUGGUAAUAAAUUUAAUUGACAUAUGUA